ACACUGUACAUGAGAUUCCGCAAGGUGUCACACGUUCCUCAAUAAUCGGGCUCCGUUAUCAACUUUUGCGAACGGAAUCCUAAAAACUAUUUGUUUUUGUGUAAUUCUGACCGGACUGCGAAGUUCUUCCAUUAAUACAGGUAAACUUGUUUAUUUCGCUUAGGCAACGUACUAUAACUUUAUAAGCGCCGUGUUAAUUACAUCGCGAACAAUUAUUUCGUGUGAAUGUGUGUCUUAUUAAGAUCGAUACAAUGGAUACAGCGAGGAUAUGCCUGACGCUGGCAUUGUGUUGUCUUGUAGAGGGCAUUCACCUCAACUACCGGACGAAUCUACCGCAGCUGUUACUUGAUACAAAUCCGAGUUUGCAUUUAUCUGGUCCUGGAGCUGCAUUCGCCAAAAUAGCUGCAUUCGGACCUAUACCAGCCAGAUUACCAGUGAACGGAUUCGGUUCAACGGCAGACCCUACAAGUACCAGUGGAGCGACGAUAAGUUUCAGUAACCCACCACCGCCGCUCGGGUCUACCGUGGACCCCGCCACUCAGACCUGUGGUCUGUCGCCGCCAUUCUGUACUAAGUCCAGGUACAGGUCUAUUGAUGGAAACUGCAACAACCUCCAGAGGCCCUCGUGGGGUAUGCCCCAGACACCCUACGGACGUUUGGCACUGUAUAAUUAUGCUGAUGGUAUAAGUGCUUUGACUCGAGCGCGCUCCGGUCGUCCUUUGCCCAACGCGCGAGACAUCAGUCUGACGUUGUUCCCCGACAGACAGCUGGUGGACCCCAUAUGGAACCUCAACACCCAACAGUGGGGCCAGAUCCUUGCCCACGACAUGUCACUCACAGCAGGCGUAGUCCAGUCCCACAGGGACCCGGUCACGUGCUGCGAUGAUAACGGCCGUCUGACUGCUGACGUCACGACCAACCCUGUGUGCGCACCUUUGUUGAUCCCUCCCAACGAUCCCGUGCACUCACCUCAAGGCACCCAGUGCAUGAACUUUGUGAGGACUGGUACUACAAGAGACAGAGGCUGCACGGCACCCAAUGCUCCCGCUGAGCCAAUAUCAACAGUGACAGCCUUCAUGGAUUUGUCGUUAGUAUACGGCAGUAGUCUCGGCCAGUCUGAUCCGAUUAGAGCUCGUCGUGGUGGACGUCUUCUAACUACAGUGAGAAGUGGUCGGGAGUGGCCUCCACAGGAUCCGAACAUCACCAUCACCUGCGAAUCUGCCCAGUCUCCUAAUGAACCCUGCUACUUAGCUGGGGACAUCCGUGUCAACCAGAACCCUCAACUGACAGUACUCCAGGUGAUGUUAUUGCGUGAACACAACCGCAUUGCCGAUACCCUCGCACAGUACAACCCUCACUGGAACGACGAGGUUCUGUACCAGGAAGCCAGGCGUAUUCACAUUGCUGAGAUUCAACACAUCAAUUAUUAUGAAUACCUUCCUAUAUUAUUAGGCUUUGAGAACAUGGUGAAGAACAAGUUGAUCUACCCUGGUGCUCCCAGCUAUAUAAAUGACUACAAUCCUGGAGUGGACCCCUCGAUCCUUGACGAGCAUGCGACGGCUGCUUUCAGACACUUCCACACUCUCAUUCGUGGAUACUUGAAGUUGGUAUCAGAAAACCGCGACUUACAAGCUGCCGUUCGUAUGAGUGAUUGGUUCAACAGACCAUUGUUGCUGGAACUUGAUAAUACCUUCGAUAGUUUGGCUAGAGGACUAACAGUACAGAAACAAUCCUACAGUGACCAGUUCUGGGAUGCAGAAGUGACCCAAUUCCUUUUCAAGCGUAACAACACAUUUGGUGGAGACUUAAGAGCGACGGACAUCCAAAGAGGUCGCGACCACGGGCUGGGCAGCUACAUCGCAACGCGGGCGGCUUGCGGCCUGCCGGCACCCAAGAGCUUCCAUGACAUGCUGGACUUCAUCUCCCAAGAGAAUGUUGCUGUACUGCAAAGUAUGUACGAAUCCCCGGAUGACGUAGAGCUGGUGGUGGCAGGAUCCCUGGAGCGGCUGGUACCCGGAGCGCUGGCUGGACCCACCUUCCUGUGUAUCCUCACUGAACAGUUCUACAGGACAAGAGUAGGAGAUCGGUACUUCUAUGAGAAUGGAGCUGAUCCGGACACCGCUUUUACGCCAAGUCAGCUGCAAGCGAUACGUAAGGGAGCGUCUAUGGCGCGUAUACUCUGUGACAACGGUGACGCGAUCAGAGCCAUGCAGCCCAGAGCCUUCGAACUGAUAUCGCCUCAGAACAAACUGGUACCUUGCAACCAGCUGCCUUUCAUCGAUCUAACAUUAUGGCAAGACGUGAGAGGCCAUUUCUAAUUAAUAUAAAAUUACAAACAAAUGUUACCAAACAAUUGUGUAAUACCAUUCUCUGUUAACUAAAAUGCAUAGUUUUCUAUGUUAUACAAAACUAGAGUUACCACAGUGUCUCUACUAUGAGUUCGCAAUACGAGAACCGAUUUCAAAUCAAAUUAAAAAGAAAUACUGAGCCAAAUUGGGGCCAACUUUUUAUGGGACCAAAUGACAGACGCCAAACCCACCAGGCGCGACGUGUCGCGAGU